AUUAGAGAAGCUUCGACGAUAAACUCGUCCUCUUCUGUAAUAGUUUCGUGAAAAGAUAGCUCUUUGAUGUUAAGGAUAGAGUUUUAGGUAGAUUUCAGAACAAAUGUCAAAUUUUCACUUUAAACCCAAAAUAUUUUUAGCUUAAAGAUAAUGUCAGAUAACGUGUGCUAUUUUAUGUUGCACAAAAAGUUAGGUUCCAUUGUUGCGCACAAAAACUGUCACUUCACUUCAGGUUCGAAGAAGAAGAAUACUACCUCAAAAAUUGUAAAGAAGUAAAUACAAAUUUCGGGUUUUGUUUUGUAGACAGACAUUUAAAUCCAAAAGCAAAAACGCUGCUAUGAGUUCCUGCACUAAUUGGUUUAGAACUACAGAACCUCUAAUCCGGGGUGCGGCUGUGUGUAACGAUCGCCUUUCCGAUGAGUGUUUCUCUACUAUCGUUGAGUACCUUUUCGAAACCAUCGACAAUGCUACGGAUAAGUCCGUGGAGUGUACUGAAAGUGAUAUGAGGAAGUUGCAGGAAACUUCUCGGCUAAACGGAAGCGAAUUCCAGCAGGUUACGCAGUCGUAAGCUUAUCUGGUGAAGCGAUCGCUCAAGUUUAUGCUUGAACCGUCAGCUUUACAAACCGACCUUUGUCAACAACUGGCAUUAGACGAAACGAAGAGCAACAUUUUUGUAAAAUUUUGGAUACAGUCUACAAAAAUAAUACUCGACUCGCUGGAGGUAAAGGACGGUGAAUCUACUACUGGAAAAUUGAAUCAACUGGAAGAUGUGUCGUGGAAGGUACGGGCUCAACUAUCUUCUGCCCCUCGACAAAAGGACAAACUGGCAUUAGGCCAAUUAGAGCUUAAGACUACUAGCGAAACAAUCAACCUCGAACUGAAUAGUGAUGAAAUUGUAAAAUUCUAUGAUCAGCUGGAACGAAUACAAGCGGAGUUAGAAGGCCUGAAUACUAAAUCUUAGCUGGUGGGCUGGAGGCUUGAAGUAACACUUUUGUUUCAUAAUUACCUAUUCAAUUUUUGUUUGAUUAUGCAUGGUCAGAAAUACAAAAAAAAAUCACAAUAUUACAUUCUAUUUACAAGCUACUUUUGCUUCAAACUUAAAAAACGGUCCUUGAAUUUUAUUUGUUGAAUUAAUAAUAAUACGGCAUUCUUUCUAGUGUAUAUGCAUUCUGGUUUAA